AUGGCUCACACAAAUGAAUCAGUGGUGUCUGAGUUUGUGCUUCUGGGACUGUCGAAUUCCUGGGAACUUCAGCUUUUCUUCUUUGCCAUCUUCUCUUUAGUGUAUGUGACAACAGCGCUGGGCAACAUCAUGAUUAUUGUUAUAAUUUCCUCUGACUCACAUUUGAACUCUCCUAUGUACUUUCUACUCAGUAACCUUUCUUUUAUUGAUAUUUUCCAGUCUAACUUUGCCACCCCCAAGAUGCUUGUGGACUUCUUUGUUGAGCACAAGACUAUCUCCUUUGAGGGAUGCAUGGCCCAGAUAUUCCUUCUCCACAGUUUUGUCGGGAGUGAGAUGAUGCUGCUUGUAGCUAUGGCAUAUGACCGAUUUAUAGCCAUCUGCAAGCCCUUACAUUAUAGCACAAUUAUGAAUCGGAGACUCUGCAUCAUUUUCGUGUUUGUUUCCUGGGCUGUGGGUAUUCUCCAUUCUGUGAGCCACUUGGCUUUUACAGUGGGUUUGCCAUUCUGUGGCCCCAAUGAGGUAGACAGCUUCUUUUGUGACCUUCCCCUGGUGAUAGAGCUGGCUUGUAUGGAUACUUAUGCAAUGGAAAUUAUAACCCUAACUAACAGUGGCCUGAUAUCAUUGGGCUGUUUUCUGGCUUUAAUUAUUUCCUACAUCAUCAUUUUGAUCACUGUUCGUCGCCGGUCCUCCAGUGGGUCAUCCAAGGCACUUUCUACAUUAACCGCUCACAUCACAGUGGUGAUUCUUUUCUUUGGGCCUUGCAUUUAUUUCUAUAUAUGGCCUUUUAGUAGGCUUUCUGUGGAUAAGUUCCUUUCUUUGUUCUAUGUUGUUUGUACGCCCCUGUUGAAUCCCAUCAUCUACUCUCUAAGGAAUGAAGAUGUUAAAUCAGCCAUGCGAAAGCUGAGAAACCGUCAUGUGAACUCCUGGAAAAACUAG